CAAGUCAACGCAAGUCAUGUUCCAUGUUUAAAGACUAUAAUAUGUAUGUUGCCUAAUAAGGUUUUGACAUGAUAAUGAAAUAAAAACUGUUCAUUCUGAAAAAGAUCAAACUUUGAAUACGACACUUCAAAAUGAUUUUUCAUCUUUUCUUGAUAUGGGGAUCAAUUUUCCUUAUUGAAGGACAAACCGUAUUCAAUUUAGCCGGUAACGGAGCGACAUCGUCUCAAGGUCGAGUUGAAGUCACAUGGAACAACAUCAAAGGGACUAUAUGUAAAAAUAACUUCACCGAUCUGGCAGCUUCAGUUGUUUGCAGACAACUAGGGUUUUAUAAUGGUGGUGUAGCUGUAACUGAUGGGCGGUUUGGAGCAGGGACUGGACCUAUAUUGCUAGAUAAUGUUAUUUGUAUUGGAGCUGAACAAGACAUUUUACAGUGUUCAUACGAUAAUCAGACAAAUUGUGUACACAGCGAUGACGUUGGUGUGAUAUGUAAUGUAACUUCGAUCUCUACGACCAGCGUACCCAUAACCGUACAACCGUCAAACUGUACACCUAACAACCUUGAUAUACGUCUAGUCGGACCAGCAAAUUUAAUCGGUGUCGGAUAUGUAGAGGUACUGAGAAACGGUGUAUGGGGAUCAAUAUGUGACGAUCUAUGGGGGAAACAAGAUGCCCGGGUUGUAUGUCAAAUGCUAUGCUACGAUCCAAACAAUGCUCAAGCAGGUGCACCUAUCGAUAUUGACUAUGCCAAAGCUCAAGUUAGCACAACUUAUCAUCUCGAUGAUGUAGAAUGUACCGGUACAGAAACUAACAUAAACCAAUGCCCACAAUCUGGCACUAAUCACAACUGUGAUGCCGUACAACAGGAGUAUGCAAGCGUUACCUGUGUACCACUUGUAAACACACGACUAACCGCACCGAUUCCCGAGCUGAUUUGUACAGAUGGAAAUUUCAAUAUCCAAUUUAGUCGGAUACAAGAUCCCCAUUUGGAAGUGAGGCAUUUGACCAUUUAUCAUCCUUAUAACGGACCAUGCAAUAUUGCAAAACAAACUUCUACAAAUAUCAUAACAGUAACCAUACCUUAUAAAGAUUGUGGAACAGAAGUUAUUCUUAAUGCCACUGAGAUUAUUUACCUCAACACUAUAAAAUAUGACUACACACUGGUUCAGACCGUAUCUGGAGUACAGAUUGUGCGUGUUAACACCUACAAAGUCGAGGUUUGUUGCAUUUUCCCACGUGAUCUUGAAAUAAACAGAGGAUUUACUCCCCUUCCAGAGAGCGUAAAGAAAAAAGCACCCGGAAAUUUCAGUAUAAUAAUGAAAUUGUACAAUGAUUCGUUUAUCACUUCCCUAAAUCAACCAGUGGAAUUAAUACUUGGUGAAUGGUUGAAUGUUGCACUGAAACUGGAAGAUACAGAGGGCCAUCCCGAUCUUAAGCUAAUAGUACCAGACUGUAAAGCAGCCCCAUCUGACCAGCCGAAUGACCCAACAUAUUUUACCUUAUUUAGCCAAAAGUGUGCUGUUGAUCCAACUCUGGGUUUCUUUCCUUUGAAUUCUACAACGUUUGGAUUCCGAUAUCAAACAUUUAAAUUUUAUCAAUAUGCAAACAUUUAUAUUCAUUGUAACGCUUGGGUAUGUCUAACCACAGAGAAAAAUCAAGACUGUGAUCGAACGUGUAACACAACAAACACUAUUGGUAGAAGAAAAAGAGAUGCUUCUUCCAGGGAUGUGUACCAGUUGCUGAGUCAGCCACUUAACUUUAAGCAACAAGCACAAAAUUCACUGAUAGAUCGAGGAGGUGGAUGGCAAGUCGAUUUAGCAACAACACAACGACCAUCAACGUUAAGUGCCACCUCCGCCAUUAAUAUGCGUUCCACAAAACCAUCAACACCUAUAUCGACAGUAAACCCAACUGGAACUACCAGUAAAUAUUUAAAAGUUAUAGAUGUCGGACCAUCGACGACAGAUGCUUCUGUUGUAACAGAAUCAGUGACGGAUAAAAAUACACAAACACCGUCGCCACAUCCUCAAUCACAAACAACAGUGCAAGCACCGGCAUCGUUGACGACGAAACAGACGGUGUCGGUUUCACCAACAGCUAGGAAUGGUUUGAUGUCUACAAUUCCAAACAAUGUUCAAGUGAAAACUUCGCCAUCUUUAUCUACAUCUCAUAACCCAUUUAAGUUUGACAGUUCUACGGUAAAAUUGCAAACAACAGCAACAACCAAACAAAUGGUUUCUGGAUUACCAACAUCUAGUAAUGGUUUUAACUUGACAACCGUAAAUCAGACGAAUCAAAACAAUGUGAAAAUAAAAACUUCAACACUUUCCUCGUCAAAUAGUCCAACCAAGAUGGAUUCCGAUGUAACAACGCAAGUUAAAGUAACCCCUAACCAUUUUAAGCAUGUUCCUGACCCUAACAAACUUUAUUUUGGCGGUUUAGGUGGAAAGUUAACCAUUAUGUCUGACGCAUCAAGACUCCAUGUGUCAACUAAUGCUGUGAUAUCUGCAAUAGUAUGCUGGCUGCUUUUAGUGUAGCGUUAGGCUUAUUUUGGUAAUUAAAGUCAAAUAUAAGAACAUACAAUUUUUAGAAAACAGUGACAAAUUUUGCAUUUUUAGUGACUUAAUGAACAUGAAAGAUGUAUUUGUAAAUUGUUUGCUCUGUGAAUAUGAGUUUUAUCUCAUGACUUAAAACUUAUAAAUCAUUUCAUUUUUUAUGACUAAUUUUCAUUUUCAUUUUUAAAUCUUAUUUGGCACAACUUUUUGAAAUUUUGGAUCCUCAAUGCUCCUCAACUUUGUACUUGUUUGGCUUUAUGAAUAUUUUGAUAUGAGCGUCACUGAUGAGUCUUAUGUAAACGAAUCGCGCAUCUGGCGUACUAAAUUAUUAUCCUUUGGUAACUUAUAAAUCCACGUUCGUAUGAUUUUACAAUAUAACAUGAGAUGAAAAGAAUCAACUUUAAAACUUUAAGCUCGUGACGAUUUAAUAGACCUUUAUACAUUUAGAAUAGAUAUAGGAAGAUAUGGUGUGAAUGCCAAUGAGACAACUCUCCAUCCAAAAAACAAUUUAAAAAAGUAAACCAUUAUACGUCAAUAUACGGCCUUCAAUACGGAACCUUGGCUCACAUCGAACAACAAGCUAUAAAGGGCCCCAGAAACCUAUCUAAUAAUGUAUUUAUUUCAGUUUCAUAUGUAUCGAUUCUGCUCGUAAUUAUUCUACGCAUACCAUCUGAUUGUUUGGAAAUGUGAUAUUUCAA